AUGGCCAUGUUCAUUGGGAUCGGCUGGUACAACGCCAUGGAACUGCUCAUCCUCAUCUUCGUGACCUUCAAGCAGUUUCGCGGCCUGUACUUCUGGUGUUUACUGGUCUCCGCGGUCGGCAUCAUCCCAUAUGCGCUGGGCUUCCUCCUCAAGUACUUCCAGUUGACCUCGGCCACCUGGCUCUCCGUCACGUUGCUGACCAUUGGCUGGUAUGCCAUGGUCACCGGGCAGUCCAUGGUCCUCUACUCGCGGCUGCAUCUGGUCGUGCAGAACCCCAAGAUCCUCCGGCGGGUGCUCUACAUGAUCCUGAUCGACGCCGUGCUGCUGCACAUCCCGACGACCGUCUUGACCUACGGGUCAAACUUUGACCCGGACAACGACCACUUCAUCAACGGCUACAACAUCAUGGAGAGGAUCCAGAUGACCGGAUUCUGUCUCCAAGAGUUUAUCAUCUCCGGCGUCUACAUCCGCGAGACCGUGGGACUGUUGAAGGUGGAUCCCGAACCGGGCAGCCGCUUGAUCAUGUACCAGCUUCUUGUCAUCAAUCUUCUGAUCAUCCUGAUGGACGUCGGCCUCCUCGUGACCGAGUACUUGAGCUUCUACAUCGUGGAAACGACCCUCAAAGGCACGAUCUACAGCAUCAAGUUGAAGCUGGAAUUUGCGGUGCUCGGGAAACUCGUCAACCUUGUCCGCAACCACAGCUGGAAGCCGGAGCCGGUCAAUGCCAAUGAUGAUGGCCAUUGUUCCGUCGAGCUCCCCGAUUUUGUGGACGCCACCCGGGUCACGUCCGAUGUCACCCAUGCCACUUCGCCCUUGCAACACCGAGCUCGGCAGCCUCCGUGGAUGGAUCCGUAUGAAGUCUUGAUUGCCGAGUUUGAGCAUUCGAAUUGGGGUUCGGAUCGGGGGACAGGGCCGUCGACGGCGUCGGGCAAAGGGAGCAGAGAUAGCCGUGCUACUGGCCUGGACGGGCUGGAAGCGCUAGAUUCUAUCGACGUGACGAGUAUCAGUCGGACGAAUAUGGAUCACCACCCGGGGUGA